AUGCAUCGUGCCGCGGGUUCUGUUGCACAUCCCCCAUACUUCGAUGGCCACAACUAUGGUGCUUGGAAGGUUAAGAUGAAGUCGUUUCUUUGGUCCUUAGAUGAACGUGUAUGGAAUACAGUGGUUCGUGGAUUUCCUAAACCCACAAAGAAGAUCGGAAAAGGAGAUGAAGCAACCACAGUUGUCAAAAUCAGAGAGGAGUGGACCACUGAAGAAGUCACACAUAGCACUAAUAAUCAAAAGGGGUUAAAUACUUUAUUUACUGCUGUUUCUUCCGAUCAAUUUGAAUAUAUAUCUGGUUGUGAUACUUCUAAGGAAGCUUGGGAUAUUUUGCAGGUUACUCAUGAAGGAACAGAUACUGUCAAGGGAGCCAAGCUUCAAAUGCAUACUUUACAAUUUGAGACACUCAUGAUGGAUGAGAAUGAAACUUUUUCUGAAUUUUAUGCUAAACUUUGUGUAAUUGUGAAUGCUUGUUCAAGUUUAGGUGAAAAAAUUUCGAAAGAUAGGGUUGUGAAAAAGAUUUUGAGAUCCUUGCCUCAACGGUUUCAACCAAAGAUCACGGCUAUUGAAGAGAUUCGUGACUUGAACACCGUGAAAGUUCAAGAACUCAUAGGGUCCAUACAAACCUAUGAGAUGAAACAUCUAGCUCCUAAAAAGAGCAAAAGUGUUGCUUUCAAGGUUGUGAAUGAAGAAGAUGAUGGGCAUUCCGAUGAAGAUUGCAGUGAUGAGGAAUUAACGAUUCUCACAAGACGAUUCAUGAAAUUUCUCAAGAAUCAGGAUCCGCGGAGUCGAGAUUCAAAAGGUAUAAAUUCUAAAAAUAGAUUUGUUGACUAUACUGAUGGUGGGUCUAAAUUUCGCAGGUCAAAUGAACGAAAGAAUCCAAGAGAAAAGUUCAAAUGUUUCGAAUGUGAAGGUUAUGGACACAUAUCUUCGGAAUGUGCCAAGACCUUAAAGAAAGAAAAGAAUGGUAAGAAUAAGGCAAUGCAUACUACUUGGAGUGACAGUGAUUCUGACUCUGAAAAUAAAGAGAAGGCCAUUGCACUUAUCACGACUGUAAGCUUGGAUGAACCAACGAAGAAGGAUGAUGAUUGUGAAGAUAUGGAUGUUGAGUUUAUCAUGAACAAAUAUGAUGAUUUGUUGGCUGCCUCUCAGAAACUUAGCAAACAAAAUGAAGAGUUUGUAAAAUCCAUUGCCGUGCUGAAGCUGGAAAAUUGCAGGAUUGCAAAGGAGUUUCAAUACCCUGACGCAGAUUCCCAAAAGGUAAGUGCAGGUAUAAACGAAAAAUUGAUGUUUUUACAGAAAAAAUUGACUGAUCAGAACAAAUUAAUUGCAUCUCUAACCUCUGACAACAAAGCCCUUGAACUUGAACUUAAAAAUUCAAAGGAAAGGAUUGUUUCUUUAACCAUUGGUGCUGAAAAAAUUGACAGGAUGAUUAGCAUGGGAAGAAGAGAUGGUGACAAACGAGGCUUGGGAUUUGAACCAAGUAAUAAGUCUUCCGCUGUGUCUAAAACAAAGUUUGUCAAAUCCUCUUCACCUAUUGAACCAUCUGUAGUUCAUGAAGUCAAGAAAUUCACUCCAAUUUGUCACUUUUGUGGAACUCGUGGGCACAUAAGACCAAGAUGCAAUAAGCUUCGAAACGAAUUUGUUCGUUCAAAUUUUCAUGUCAUGGGUGGAAAAGUAAGUAUCCAACAUAAGAUUUAA